CAAUAUUUUCCCCACUGCUUCCUCGUUGUCUCGUUGUUCUUUUUCCCGCCAUGGAAGCCAUGGAAAUCGACUCGCAGAAAAUUCAUCAGAGAAAACAAUCUACCUACCUUUCCUUUGAUGAGAGCUUUGAGAUACAAAAAGAGACAUAUACCGGUCAGCAGUACAGUCAGAUUUACUUUGCUCGUCUCUACAAGAUGAGGACUUUACUCUAUUCCCUUGUUCCCAAUUGGAAACCCCGUUUAACAGUUUGUACAGUUUUGGGGCUAGAACAAGGGAAGGAAUGUAUCAUUGUUGGGACCCUUUACAAACACAUGAAGCUCAAACCUUGUAUUCUAGAUGAGUACUCUAAGGAGAGAUCUUCUGCCCCGCUGGUAAAAGCUCAUAAUUUUGUGCAUCCAGAUGAUUGUUUGAUUUUGGAAGAUGAAAGUGGAAGAGUUAAGCUAGGUGGGACUAAGCUUUCUCCUUUGCUAUACGUAACAGGUGUUGUUGUUGCUUUGCAUGGAAGAGAAACCAGCGCUGGUGAAUUCUUUGUUGAGGAUGUUCUGGAAGCUGGCCUACCACCUCAGAUAGAACUUCCCCUUGAAUUACGGGAAGACAAGUAUGUAGUUUUUGUGUCAGGGCUGAGUGUUGGGAGCACUGCUUCUAAUCCCCUUCAAUUUCAGCUUUUUGUUGAUCACAUAACUGGACAUCUGGGAGAUGAUGAGGAACAAAACAUUGCAGCACAGAUAGUUCAUGUUGUCAUUGCUGGGAACUCUGUUGAAAUUCCACAUGGACUUCUUAAUGGACAGAAUUUAGCUUCAAAGGAUCAGUCAAGUCUGUCUGACCCAAUAAAAGAGCUGGAUCUCUUGCUUACGCAGAUUGCUUCAGGUCUGCCAUUGGAUAUCAUGCCGGGAUCUAACGAUCCUGCAAAUUUUUCCUUACCCCAACAGCCAUUGCAUAGAUGUCUCUUACCUGGUUCAGCAGCUUAUAACACUUUUAGGUCCUGUACUAAUCCUCACUGCUUUGAGCUUGAUAAUAUCAGGUUUCUUGGAACAUCAGGUCAGAAUAUAGAUGAUCUUGCAAAGUAUUCAGAGGGAAAAGAUUCACUUGAUUUUAUGGAAAGGACAUUGAGGUGGGCGCACGUAGCACCAACCACACCUAAUACUCUUGGGUGUUAUCCUUUCAGUGAUAGGGAUCCUUUCGUGAUUGAGAGCUGUCCCCAUGUUUACUUUGUCGGUAAUCAGGAGAAAUAUGAAACUCGCCUGUUGAAGGGAUCAAAUGGGCAGUUGGUAAGGCUUAUUUGCAUACCUAAAUUUUGCCAGACAGGAGUAGCCGUUGUGCUCAACAUGAGAAAUCUCGAGUGUCACACGCUCACUUUUGGGACUCAGUUCAGCUGAUAAUCAAUUGGAGUUGUAAUGUCAAUUGAAGUCAUCGGUCGUAAUAUCAAUUGCUGUUCAACUUUCUAUUUUCUCAGAGAAUUUUAAUUUCAGGUUUGAGAACAUCAGCAGCUACCAUCCUCCUCCGAAAAUGUCCUGAAGCCAAAGUGGAUGAUAGGAACCAUGGAUGAAGCUAAUGUUGAAGUUGGCGAGAACUUUAUAUUUUCUAGUGUACUGACAUUCUUAGGAUUACCCUCCAAAUAGUAUUGAAAUUGUGUUAUGCUGUAUUCUUACAUAAACAAGCAGUGCUUUCUCACCUUAAUUCUUACAUAAACUGUGUUAGGAUUACCCUCCAAAAAGUAUUGAACCCAUGUGACUCGAAUUUACACUC